ACCAUUAACUCCUCUCUGUUGUGAGCCUUCCCACACUGGCCCCACCCCUGACCCCACCCCAAGGCAGGUGGGCUAGGAGGGGGUAAGUGUCCAUCUCAGCCUUCUAUGUGACGUGGCCUCUGUUCCACCUGGACACCUGGAGGCUCAGUCUGGAUUUCCCCCUCCCUGACUCAGGAACUGCUUAAUAUCCACAUCAAGGCUUAAUAGGGGAACUGAGGACACUGUCCUCAGGAUGCUUCGAGGAGAAUAGGAGCCAGAACCAGAGCCCCUGAGCCAUUUCCCCUGCAAUGAUGGGGUCCCCAGUGAGUCAUCUGCUGGCCAGCUUCUGUGUGUGGAUCGUCUUGGGCUGGGUAGGGGGCUCAGUCCCCAACCUGGGCCCUGCUGAGCAGGAGCAGAGCCACUACCUGGCCCAGCUGUUUGGUCUGUACGGCGAGAAUGGGACAUUGACUGCACGGGGCUUGGCAAGGCUUCUCCACAGCCUGGGGCUAGGCAGAGUUCAGGGGCUUCGCCUGGGACAGCAUGGGCCUCUGACUGGACGGGCUGCACCCCCAACUGCAGACAAUUCCACGCACAGGCUGCAGAACCCUGAGCUGAGUGUGGAUAUCUGGGAAGGGAUGCCUCUGGGUCCCUCAGGGUGGCGUGACCUGGAAGAGUCAAAGGCCCCUCACCUACCUCGUGGGCUAGCCCCCUCGGGCCUGGACCUCUUUCACAGGCUUCUGCUGCUGGACCACUCACUGGCUGACCACCUGAAUGAGGAUUGUCUGAAUGGCUCCCAGCUACUGGUCAAUUUUGGCCUGAGCCCUGCUGUUCCUCUGACCCCUCGUCAGUUUGCUCUGCUGUGUCCAGCCCUGCUUUAUCAGAUCGACAGUCGAGUCUGCAUAGGAGCUCCAGCCCCUGCACCCCCAGGGGAUCUACUAACUGCCCUGCUUCAGAGUGCCCUGGCAGUCCUGUUGCUCAGCCUCCCUUCUCCCCUAUCCCUGCUGCUGCUGCGGCUCCUGGGACCUCGUCUACUACGGCCCCUGCUGGGCUUCCUGGGGGCCCUGGCCGUGGGCACUCUUUGUGGGGAUGCACUCCUACACCUACUGCCACAUGCACAAGAAGGGUGGCACGCAGGACUUGGCGGUCUACCAGAGGAGGACCUGGGCCCGGGGCUGUCUGUGCUUGGAGGCAUCUUCCUGCUCUUUGUGCUGGAGAACAUGCUGGGGCUUUUGCGGCGCCGAGGGCUCAGGCCAGUGAGUUAUACUCUUCUCUUCCUUCUGCUGAGACCGGAGUCCCAGUCAAGAACUGGCCCAAAAAGCCAGAAGGGAUGCUGCAGGCGAAAACGAAGGGACUUCGAAACACGAAACCUGGACCCAGAGGAUGGCAGUGGGAUGGCCCUUCAGCCCCUACAGGCAGCUCGAGAGCCAGGGGCUCAGGGCCAGAGGGAGCAGAACCACCAGCACCCACCAGCCCCAGCCCCUCCUGGGCACCAAGGCCACAGUCAUGGGCACCAGGGAGGCACCGAUAUCACGUGGAUGGUCCUCCUGGGAGAUGGUCUACACAACCUCACUGAUGGGUUGGCCAUAGGUGCUGCCUUCUCUGAUGGCUUCUCCAGUGGCCUCAGUACCACCUUAGCGGUCUUCUGCCAUGAGCUGCCCCACGAAUUGGGUGACUUUGCCAUGCUGCUCCAGUCAGGGCUGUCCUUUCAGCGGCUGCUGCUGCUGAGCCUUGUGUCUGGAGCCCUGGGACUGGGAGGCGCAGCCCUGGGGGUGGGGCUCAGCCGGGGACCUGUCCCCCUCACUCCCUGGGUGUUUGGGGUCACUGCCGGGGUCUUCCUCUAUGUGGCCCUUGUGGACAUGCUGCCAGCCCUGCUUCGUCCUCCGGAGCCCCUGCCUACGCUCCAUGUGCUCCUGCAGGGGCUGGGGCUGCUGCUGGGGGGCAGCCUCAUGCUCGCCAUAGCCCUGCUGGAGGAGCAGCUACUGCCUGUGGCUUCUGAGGACUGACUGAGCCAGUGGAAAGGGGUCAGGGUUGCCCUUACUUCCCCCCAACCACAGGAAUGGAGGCGGGACACAGGGCCAGUAGGAGCAAUAGGAUUUUAAUAAACAGAACCUAUCCCAAA